GAGACAGCGGAGCCUGCGGAAGGCGGUGGCGGCACCUGGGAGCGGAGGCCUAGGCGGGGCAUGGCGGCGCGGACGGUCUUGUGAGAGCGAAGCUGCCGCGGGGCCCGCCAUGCGCCGGCGGCCCUGACAUGGGCGCCAGCGGCUCCAAAGCUCGGGGCCUGUGGCCCUUCGCCUCGGCGGCGGGGGGCGGCGGCCCGGAGGCGGCUGUCGCUGAGCAAGCUUUGGUGCGACCGCGAGGCCGAGUCGUACCCCCCUUCGUAUUCACGCGCCGCGGCUCCAUGUUCUAUGACGAGGAUGGGGAUCUGGCUCACGAGUUCUAUGAGGAGACAAUCGUCACCAAGAACGGGCAGAAGCGGGCCAAGCUGAGGCGGGUACAUAAGAACCUGAUUCCUCAGGGCAUCGUGAAGCUGGAUCCCCCCCGCAUCCACGUGGAUUUCCCUGUGAUCCUCUAUGAGGUGUGA